AACACUUAAGCAUUUCGUGUCUUUAUUUUGUGGUUGAAAUUAACUUACUUACUUUUAUGACAGCUAGCCAAUAUGCAACACCCCCACAACAUAUCCACUUCUUUUAUUGCUUCAAAAUUUCAAUCCAUUUCCAUCUUCACCACUCAAAUGCCUGCUACCCCUCUCUUCUUCUUCUUCUUCUUCUUCUUUCCACACCUUUAAUUAAAAAUAAAAAAUAAAUAUUCAGUUGAGAGUACUAACUAAUUAGACAUGUCACUAGCUCCAUCACUUCCCCGCUUUAACUCUCCAUUUCUUUCUUGCCCUCUUAAGCUUUCCACAACUACUACUCCCACCACUUCUUAUUUUUCUUCCCAAAAAUUAUCCAGAAGUAAUAAUCAACGCUCACCACCGUCUUAUCCAUGCAUUAGGGCUUUGGAUCUCGAUCAAAACACGGUUGUGGCAAUAUCAGUUGGGGUCGUUAGUGUUGCAGUUGGUAUAGGCGUUCCCAUCUUCUAUGAAUCCCAAAUCGACAAUGCUGCGAAACGAGACAACACUCAGCCAUGCUUCCCAUGCAGUGGUUCAGGCGCCCAAAAGUGCAGAUUUUGCUUGGGAAGUGGGAAUGUAACAGUGGAGCUUGGUGGUGAUGAGAAAGAAGUGUCUCGAUGCAUCAAUUGCGAUGGUGCUGGUUCCUUGACAUGCACUACGUGUCAGGGUUCUGGGAUUCAACCUCGGUACCUUGAUAGGAGAGAAUUCAAAGACGAUGACUGAUGUGAAGUGUGAAGUCCCUAGUAAGAAGCUAUUUUCGGCUAUUUAUUGUGACAACAAUUGAGAAUAUCGAGCAAGUUUUUGCAUUACUCUUAUUCUACACUUGUUUAUAAUUAUAUGUGUUUCUUUGCCUCUGUUUUUCUGGAUGUUUUCCUGUCUUUUUGUCAAAGUUUUGUUUAUGUUUUUCUUAAAAAAGAAAAAUAUAAUCUUGGCUGUUCUUCAUGAAGUGCUAAUUAUAAACCAAUGGCUUACAGCAA